AUGAUAGAACAAAAAGAUUUAUGCGUAUUGACAACAUUAUUAUUGACCUCUGUAGGAGCACCUGUAACAGAGGAAAGCAUCAAAAAAAUCGGAGACCACCUGGGAGUUAAAGUAGACUCAUACUUGGCUGAGAUGUUCAGCAAGCUCACCAGCGAGCAGAUCCAGAACAUUAUUGCAAACCCAACCGGAGGAUCCAUGCAGGCAGCUGCAGGCUCUUCUGCCCAGGCCGUUGCUGAGGAGAAGGAAGAGGAGAAGGAAGAGUCUGAGGAGGAAAGCUCUGGAGACAUGGACCUGUUCGGCUAG